GAGCUGAUAAUUAAUGCCCGAAAUCAACUCCGUCUAACAGUUAGUAAACCAUCGUCUCCUCCGCCGCGUCAAGGACCUCUCUGGUAGCGGGAGUUUAAUUGAUCUGAGUUUGCCGGGAUACUGAGAAAGAUCGAAUUUGACAGUUGUGUUACACAAUGGGGAAUGUCCUACCCAAGAGGUGUUUUCAGCCUACGGAAAACUCUAAAGGUGAUGGGGAUGAGUCAGACCCUCAACUUAAAUUAGCUGGAGGAAAUGUUCAAUUAGUAACUACAGAAGAAGAAUGGAAGCUGAAGAUGGAAGAAGCGAAGAAAGAUGGAAAACAUGUUGUUGCGAAUUUUAGUGCUUCAUGGUGUGGUCCGUGUCAAGGAAUUGCACAGCUGUACGCUGAGCUUUCUGAGAAAUAUCCUUCUUUGAUGUUUCUGACUGUCGAUGUUGAUCAACUUACCGAUUUCAGCACAGCCUUGGAUAUUAAAGCAACCCCGACCUUCUUCUUCUUCAAACCCGUACAAGGAGAAGAUGAACCGGUAAUCAACAAAGAUAAAACGGCAAAACUGGUUGGAGCCAACAAGGGGGAGCUGCAAAGGAAGAUAACAGAAAUUGUAGACACCCCAACUCCAUCUGAGAAAUAAAUAAUAGCCAAUGUGUGGUGGGCCUGCGAUGGAAAUGAUAUGGCUUUCUUCAAUUUCUGUGAGCAUCUUUUCUUCUUCUUCUUCUUCAUCUUCUUUUUCAUUGUAUGGAUAUGCCAUUGUAAAUGCGACUGACAUUUUGCAUGACGCCUUCUUUUUUCCAAAAAAACUUCAUGAAAGAAGGGCACAUUGACUCGGAAAUAAAUGCAGUAUUUUUCUUUGUGAUCUAAAUAUCUAAUGCUACUUAUUAUUCUGCAUCUUCUCGAGUAAGACGGCUUUCAUCGGCUGUCCUUUUAUUCUUCUUCUAAAUUUGUUUAUUGCUGAGUACUGGACAAUCAAUUACCUUCCAUUCAUUAUAUAUCAUCCAAAUUGAUGCGGCGAGGUCUUUUACUGCCAGAACUGCUUUAUAUUUUUUACGGGGCACCACUUGCACAAAUAGCGUUUCAAAGCUACAGUU